AUGCGCGUUCCUCUCAUUCGUCUGCAAUGCGGUGUCAACUCGUACGCCUGGGGAAAGAAGGGUAACGAGUCUGCCGCUGCGCGGUUCGCAGCUGCUACGCCUUCUGAUGACCUCAAGAUCGAGUCUGAGUCCCCAUACGCCGAGCUUUGGAUGGGAACUCACCCUUCAAACCCCUCCAAAGAUCUCGAAACCGGCCGAACUCUCCUAGACCUCUGCGAGGACAACCAGUCACUGCUCUCCCAAACCAUCUCCUCUCACUACGGCCACAAGCUUCCCUUCCUCUUCAAGGUCCUCUCGAUAGCCAAGGCGCUCUCCAUCCAGGCCCACCCCAACAAGAAGCUCGCCGAACAGCUUCACGCUCGCGACCCAAAGAACUACCCCGAUGACAACCACAAGCCAGAGAUGGCCAUCGCCAUCACACCCUUCGAAGGUCUCUGCGGUUUCCGUCCCCUCCCCGAGAUCGUGCACUUCCUCGACACGGUACCUGCGCUGCGCGCGCUCGUAGGCGAUGAUGCUGCCAAGGAGUUUGCGCAGGUGGCCAAGGAUCAGGAGCAUGGUGUCACGGAUGAGAAGAAGAAGUUGCUGAAGAAGGUCUUUGGUGCGCUUAUGUCUUCUUCCGCGGAGGAUAUUGCUGAGCAGAUGCCCAAGUUGGCUGAGCAAGCUGAGAAGGAGGGUGCUGAUUUCGCUGGCGGAGGUGUCGUUGCUACUCCUGGUGAGAAGCUUGCUGAGCUUGUCAAGCGAACGCACGGCGAGUUCGGUGAUGACAUUGGUUGCUUUGUGCUCUUCUUCCUCAACUUCGUCACACUAGAGCCCGGCGAGGCUCUGUUCUUGGUCGCUGAUGACAUUCACGCUUACAUCUCUGGCGACAUCAUGGAGUGCAUGGCCGCCUCCGACAACGUCGUCCGUGCCGGCUUCACACCCAAGUUCAAAGACGUUUCAACUCUGGUCGACAUGCUGACCUACAACUUCGCACCCAUCGAUGAGCAAAAGAUGAGACCCACCGAAUACCCCUACGCAACACUCAACAGGGCAGGCUACAGCUCCGGCUCAGCAGUACUACUCUACGAUCCUCCUAUUCAAGAAUUCAGCGUGGUGCGCACCCUUCUCCGGGGCGACGGCGCCAAAGCCACCUUUGAGCAGAUCGACGGACCCAGCAUUGUCAUCUGCACGAGCGGCAAGGGCAAGAUCUCUGUCGGACCUACGGUUCAGGAGAUGAAGGAGGGCUAUGUGUACUUCGUGGGAGCCAGCGCUGAGCUGGUGCUUGAGUCUGAGGGUGGAGAGGAUGAUGAGUUUACGACGUUCAAGGCGUUCUGUGAGAUUGAUGAUUCGGAGAAACAGAAGCUAUAG